AUGAAACAGCACGCAUCCGAACCUCUUGACACGAAGUCUGUCGAGACAACCUUCCUUGCCGCCAGAACUGACAGCCAGCCCCCAGAGGAAACAUCCGACAGCCCCGCGGCAGAGUGUAGUCAGAAUGCAGUACCAACCAUUUCCAAGUCAUGUAUCAAGAGCCAGAGUGAAAAUCCAGAGACAGGUCAUGAGGUAGAGGUCCAUAGGGUCGACAACUCAGUUUGCACAGAUGGCCAUGAAAAUCAGACUGAUGAUCAACAGCUCACGGUUCAAGUGCCCGAGAUCAAAGCUGAACCGACCAAAAAGGAUCGCCAUGUCGAGGUGGAAAUGCCUCUUCCAGACUUGUCUCACUUGACACUGGCCGAUCUGAAGUCCGAGGUGGUGACAUUCGGAACGAAGCAUCAAGGAGACUCCUACGAGAAGGCAUGGGAGGACCAGGGAUGGAUCAGCUUCAUGAUCACCAAAUAUGGGAACAGCAAGGUGCUGGCACAUCGCCGGCUGAUCCGCUACGUCGAGUUGAUGGUGGAAAAGCACGAGCAGACCAACAAGAGUGUGCCCCUGCUGCCUCUUCCAGAGGCCCUUGCAGGAGGGUAUGCCAUGAUCGAAGAGACUUUUGGACACAGAUCCAUCCGUCCAAAGGCCAAAGCAAUGAACAUGGCUCCAUCUGGAGCGUCAGCGGCAGUGCCACUGGAUCACGACGAGGAAUCAGAGUUCGAGAUGUACAACCAGGGGACUACGGAGACCACUCCAUUCCACCAGGAGCCGGAGUUCACGGCACUUCAGGAUCGGAUGCUCCACCUAGAGAACGCUCUGGGCCGUGUGAUCAAGCACUUGGAGGACCAGGCGGAGAAGAACGCCCAGAAGAUCCAGAACAUGGGCCAACAAGCGUUCCGAUUUGGCCUCACGCAGGGAAUUGCCAUCAACCAACAGGUCCACCGUGGUGAGACACCGAUCCUUGCGGCCAACCAGAGACUGAAAGUCCAUAGGCCCAUGCGAGCUCGAGGCCGUGACAGUUUUGCACGUUCACAAUUGGCAACACCGGAGGAAACGGAGGAUUUUGAAGCCGAAACAACUCCAGGUCAAUCCAGUGCACCUCCGACAGCAGAGGCCAGUAGAGAAACUGAUGCACUUGACCAUCCGAUGCCAGCCAAUCCCGAUGUAGUCCAAGUGCAGCCGGAACCACAGGCACCACGGGAGAACGAAGAAUCUCCAUCACGUGACACCACGAACCCGGUCUCUGACCCUUCAAUGAAAUCCUCUCCAAAUGAAAUUUGCAGGCAGGAACAAGGGAGCUAUUUCCAAGCUUUGCCCAGGCUGCCCUUGAGCUCAGAUGUUCCAUUUGUGCAGCUAGCGCAGGACCGAAGCAUCAGAGGUAAGCUCUACCGCAGCGCGCCGGAGAAUGUGCGAUUGGCACUUCCCGAUGAAGGGGAGCCCGGAGGGCCUGAUCUGCCAGAAGAUCUGAAGUAUCCUCAGAAACCUCAGCAGAUCAAGCCGAAAGUUUUAUCACCUGCGCUGAAGAAGGCCGCUUUUCUCCAAGGGCAACCUCAAAAGGAUCGAGUCAUCCUGAUUGAUCCAGUAAGCGAGCUGCGUGAUGCAAUGAACAUGAAACCAUCCGAAAUCGCCAAACUGCAGAAAGGUGCCUAUGGCCUUAUUGACGAUGCCCUAAUGAAAGUUGAACCAGCCAUCACAGUUGCCACCAUGCCUUCUCUCGAAGAUGGCCAGGGUGCCUACUCAAUUUUUCCUUGGAAAGCUUGUGACGAAGCCAUUCAGCCCUUUUGUGUCUUCAGUCAGGGACGUUUUCACAUUCUGCUGGCAUCGGGAAAACAAGCACGUGACGUGUGCGAGGUGUGA